AUGUGGAGGCUCUGUUGUGGGCUUUUCUUCUUUGAAUGGAAGCGACAGGAGCAUGUUGUCGAUGGAGAGGAUUUGUUUGCAAUAAUUGCACUCGCCAACACUGUGAAUACGGCCAAGGAGUUUGUGAGGGAGUGCCGAUUGAGUGCGUCGAACAUUGAAGCAAGAUUCGAUGAGCAUGGAAAGAAUAAAGUGAUUGUUACCUUCAAGGAGCAGGAAUUCGUGUUUAACUUGGUGCCAACGGAGAAUAUAAGGGAUUCUGGGAAGAUUGUCCGCCACCUCACGCCUCUCACCUGUGACUACUACUACUAUCACACAUGGAAUGGAAUGGAAGCAGUCACCAAUUACUUCAAGUCACUUCUCCAUAUCCACCAUCACCUCCGCCCGUAUCUCAACGAUUCCAAUCGAGAUCUUCAAGAAACUUGCAAUUUCUACCAUGAAGUCAGCGCCAAUAGCUUGUACAUCGGGAAUACGGCUUCACUGGAAGCAGUGGACUUGGAUUUUUUGAAUUCCGAACUCGGACGUCCUCUUGUCAUGUGCUUCUACACCAUGCCUCCAGAAGACUAUGAGAUUUUUCCAAUUCAAAACACUCGGGAUACCGAUAAUCCAACAUUCCACUGGGCAUUCACCGGGAACACCGAUUGUGAGGGUCUUGAUCACUGGGAAGGAGCAAUGUCUGGGGAGAUGCUUAAUGAAUACAUCAGGAAUUGGCUGAAACUAGGAGGUUCUAGAAUGCAAGAACGUCCACAAAAUGCUAAAACCAUCCCAGAUCUCUAUCAAAAACUGCCGUUUCACCCUUGGGACAAAGAUGGACGAGCGUAUUACCUUAAAACAAAUUUCGGAUUGCAUUGUGACUUUUCGCACGGCUUUGAUAUUAUGAGAAAGGACGGCACCCUUGCAACCAUCUGUUAUUGGGCGGACUCUUGUGUUUUUUGUGUUUGGAAGGAAACGUUGGGACUGGUGCCGGAGGAAGGAUUGGCGUAUUUGAUGUACAAUUUGGAGCGAAAGUAUGCGCCGAGACCACGACGAUUGCUGUUCAUGGAGUCGGAUUAUCAGAUACUGUUUCUUAAUGAUUAG